AUGUGCUUUCUCUUCAUUUACCCUUUUAUGCUAAUUUUUUGGCUUUUUAGUUAUUUUUGUCUCUCUCCCUUUCUCUUUCUCUUUCCUCCUCACCUUCUUUACUUCCUUCUUUUCUUGCUUGCUUCCUUCUGUCUUUUCUUCCCUACUUCCUUCUUUCCCUACUUCCUUUCCUUCCUUCCAUCCUCCUUCCCUUCUUUCUUCCCUUCCUUUCUUAUUUCUUUCCUUCCUUCCUUCCUUCCUUCCUUCCUUCCUUCCUUCCUUCCUUCCUUCCUUCCUUCCUUCCUGUCUUAUUGUUUUUAUAUUGAAUCAGCCUUCUUUUCUUGCUUCAUUCCUUCCUUCCUUCCUUCUGUCUUUUCUUCCCUACUUCCUUCUUUCCCUCCUUCCUUUCCUUCCUUCCAUCCUCCUUCCCUUCUUUCUUCCCCCUUCCUUCCUUCCUUCCUUCCCUUCCUUCCUUCCUUCCUUCCUUCCUUCCUUCCUUCCUUCCUUCCUUCCUUCCUGUCUCCUUUUCUUCUAUCUUUACCUUCUUCCUUCCAUCCUUCCAUCAUUCCAUCCUUCUUUGAUUCCUUCGUUACUUAUUCCCUUCCUCCCUUUCUUCAUUUCUUCCUUCCUUCCUCCCUUUCUUCAUUCCUUGAUUCCUUCCUACUUGCUUCCCUACGUUUCUUCCUACCAUUCUUCCUUCGUUUCCAUCCUCCCUUACUUCUUUCCAUCUUCCCUUUCUUCUUUCCUUCCAUCCUUUCUUCCUUCCUUGAUUCCUUCCUUUCCUUCUUCCCUUUCUUUUAUUCUUCCUUGAUUCCUUCCUUUUCUUCUUCACUUUCUUCCUUCCUUCCGUCCAACCUUGAUUCCUUCCUUUCCUUCUUCACUGUCUUCCUUCCUUGA